UCGGGGCUGAAGGCAGAGUGCGAGCGGCAGGUGGCCGCUCAGCUGACUGUCGAGACCGCGGCGGCCGCAGCCGUCCUCGCAGUCCGCCACUCCUGCAGUGACCUCAGGCGAGCCGCCAUCGAAUUUAUUAAGGCACGUACCCACGAGGUGAUGGCCACUCAGGGGUGGGCAGAUGCGAUGCUUCAUCAACCUAAAGACUUGAUCGAAGUGAGCCGAUUGCUGUAUGAUCCACCACCAAAAAGCAGCGCACCAGUCGUUACGGAGCUGAGUACCACAACCAGAACCACCACCACCUCCGCCGCUGCCGCCACCUCUGCCAGCGCACCUUGCCAGACACCUGCUGCUGCGCGGCCCACGACUCCUCCACCUGAUGAGGCCACUGUCUCUCAAAUGCGCGCACCAGUCGUUACGGAGAUGAGUACCACAACCAGAACCACCACCACCUCCGCCACUGCCACCACCUCUGCCAGCGCACCUUGCCAGACACCUGCUGCUGCGCGGCCCACGACUCCUCCACCUGAUGAGGCCACUGUCUCUCAAAUGCGUGCACCAGUCGUUACGGAGCUGAGUACCACAACCAGAACCACCACCACCUCCGCCACUGCCACCACCUCUGCCAGCGCACCUUGCCAGACACCUGCUGCUGCGCGGCCCACGACUCCUCCACCUGAUGAGGCCACUGUCUCUCAAAUGCGCGCACCAGUCGUUACGGAGCUGAGUACCACAACCAGAACCACCACCAGCUCCGCCACUGCCACCACCUCUGCCAGCGCACCUUGCCAGACACCUGCUGCUGCGCGGCCCACGACUCCUCCACCUGAUGAGGCCACUGUCUCUCAAAUGCGCGCACCAGUCGUUACGGAGCUGAGUACCACAACCAGAACCACCACCACCUCCGCCGCUGCCGCCACCUCUGCCAGCGCACCUUGCCAGACACCUGCUGCUGCGCGGCCCACGACUCCUCCACCUGAUGAGGCCACUGUCUCUCAAAUGCGGAGCCUUUCUGAGGAGGAGCGAGGCAGGAGGCUGAGAGAGGCGGCUGAGGAGGGGUCGGUGGAGGAGGUGCGGGCGUUGCUCGCGGCUGGGGCGGACGUGGCGGCGAGGGGCGGGUACGGGCGGACCGCCCUGCACUGGGCUGCACGGAGAGGCGACGCGGCUGUGGUGCGGCUGCUGCUCUCUGCGGCGUCCGACCCCAACGCCAGGGAUCUGGGGGGGUGGACGCCGCUGCACUUGGCGGCACAGUAUGGCCACGCAGAAGCGGCGGCUGCGUUGCUGCAGGCCGGAGCCGACAGGGGGGUGAGGAGUAAUAGUGGGAACACCCCCCUGGACUACGCCAGGCGGCGACACCAUCAGCAGCUCGUCGAGAUGCUAACAGGGCGUUAAUACGUGCCACUAGAGAAAAUAACAUGUACUUCAUUCUA